GCCCGGGAGGAACGUUUCUAAGAGGAGCGCGGGAACGGAGAAGUGCAGGGUCCGGAAGGUCUCGAGAAGACGUAGAAAAGGUUGCUCCGCUGCCAGGUGCUCCUGGGGAAAGUCGGGGUGCUGCCCCACGCGGGGGCUUCCCCAGGGGCUUCCCGUCCUGGCCGCCGGCUGCCUCCCAAGGGCCCAGUAGGUACCGGGGAAGAUGACAGAGGAACUGGGUCUCCCGGGACAGGACUCUGAUGGCGGUAGUGAGGAGGUGGUCCUAACUCCGGCAGAGCUCAUUGAACGGCUGGAGCAGGCUUGGAUGAAUGAAAAAUUUGCUCCUGACCUUCUGGAAAGCAAGCCUGAAAUUGUGGAAUGUGUCAUGGAACAGCUAGACCACAUGGAAGAAAAUCUCAGGAGAGCAAAGAAGGGGGACCUGAAGAUCAGUAUUCAUCGAAUGGAAAUAGAGAGGAUUCGUUAUGUCCUUAGCAGCUACUUGCGGUGUCGGCUCAUGAAGAUAGAGAAGUUUUUUCCUCAUGUCCUUGAAAAGGAGAAAACACGCCAUGAGGAGGAGCCUUCCAGCCUUUCUCCAGAAGAGUUUGCCUUUGCCAAAGAGUACAUGGCGAACACAGAGACCUAUCUAAAGAAUGUAGCCUUAAAGCAUAUGCCACCUAAUUUACAGAAAGUGGACCUCUUAAGGUCAGUUCCCAAACCGGAUCUAGAUUCAUAUGUGUUUCUGAGAGUGAAAGAAAGACAAGAAAACAUCCUGGUAGAACCAGAAACAGAUGAGCAGAGGGACUAUGUGAUUGACUUGGAGGAAGGCUCGCAGCACUUGAUCCGAUAUAAAACCAUUGCACCUCUAGUAGCUUCUGGAGCUGUACAACUAAUUUAAAACCAAAAAUAAAUAAACAAGAAUGAAGACAUGGAA